GCAGUGAUGGCGAAGUUGUGAAGGAGUUCGCGUCGUGCUGCGGUGUAUUUUACGUGCUGGCUCCAUUCUGGCGUUUUCUUGUGUAGAAAGAGUGCCGCUAUGCCCUAAAUGGCCGAACGGAAAUUCACCCGAGCCCUCAGCAAGCCAGGCACCGCGGCUCAAGCCCGCGAGACCGUGUCGCAAGCUGUCAGAGAGUCUACGGAACUGGUGCGGCACCACCUUGUAGAACCGCUGGACUAUGAACUCUUUGUCUCCAAGAACAAAACAAUCCUCCAAAAUGACCCUCAGCGGGAAAUGUUGUUCUUCCCCAUGGAUGACAUCUCGCAAGAGGUCAUUCCUCGUGCCAACCGAACCACAGUGCCAACAAUACCGUCCAACAUGUGCUUUGACUCCCUGCCAUUGUUUGUGCGCCAGUGCAUCAAGACCUACACUGCCGACUGGCACACAGUCGUGUACAGGUUCAGUGCCUACUCCGGAACCUAUAAGGAGUUGCUUAGGUUACCAAGACCCACUGACCUGCAGGAUCAGGUCUAUGAGGUGGAUACAGAAACGGAAGUUAAAGAUUCGGACAACAACACUAAGGGUGACUCCGAAAUCAUCAAGGAAGGGUACAUUCUCAAGGGGCCCGAGUCUGGGACAGACAGCUUCAUCAGUUUGGCCACAAAGUCGUUCAAGAGGCGCUACUUGACACUGAGGCGAGAGGUGGACGGUACUCACAUUUUAGAAUUUUUCAAGGACGACAAGAGGUCAGACUCAAAAGGGACCAUUUGCAUGGACUUCUGCAGCAAGGUCGUGCGGAACUCCAAGCGGAGCAAGCUGAGCUUUGAGCUGCGGAUGCAAGACGGCCACAAGUCGUGCGUGCUGGCGGCGGAGAGCGAGGUGGAGAUGGACGGAUGGAUGGCCAUGCUGGUGGCCAUCACCACCAACUACAGGAACGCCCUGGAGAGCAGCAAGAAGCCGCUCGUCUCCCCAGAAGAGAACAUCAUUCCAUUGCCUCCAUCUCCCUAUGGAUACGGGACUCUCAAAAGUCUGGAACACAGCAAGAACCCUGACCUUGUAAAGUACGCCAGAGAAACCGACUACUCGAUAGCCCAGGCACGGAAACAGAACAGGCAGAAUCUAUUCUCAAUCUAUCCAGACUUGCAGAAGUCGAGCAGUUGUAAUCAGGUCACCAACUACGAGAGGAGCGUGGAGCCUUACAAGGAGGAAUUCAACACACGGCUGUUUGUGAGGUGUGAAGAAGUCAGGUUCAAGUUACAAGCUCCCCUGGACUGCGAGAAGGGUUCUCUAUGCCAGGUGGAGCCCUACAUCACCACCAUGUCCGUGUACGACGUGCGUCGCAUGCGCAAAGUGUCCGAGGACUUCCGGUUUGACGUGAACAAUGCGUACCUGAGAAACAUGCUGCCAAAGACGAUGCGACGAAAGAGCAACAGCGGCUCCAGCAACGGCACUGCAGCCCAGCCGUCGCCCCCAGCCGAGCCCAUACUACCCGGCAUCAGCGAGCUGGGAGAGGAGUGGCUCGCAUUUCCUAAACAGGCGGUGUUCACAGUCCAGAGGCCGGAGCCCGAGCUGUUCCUGGUGGUGCGCAUCGAGAAGGUGCUCCAGGGCAACAUUGCCCAAGCAUCGGAGCCGUACUUGCGCCACGGCAGCUUGGGCGACGCCAAGCAGGGCACCAAGGCCCAGAAGUUGGUGCGCACCUGCUGCCAGAGGCUGGGCCACUACCGGAUGCCCUUUGCCUGGGCCGCCAAAGCAAUCUUCACCCGCUUCUCCUGCGAGCUGGACAAGUCUUUAGACUUUGGACAUAUCUACCGGCACGACAGUGCUAAACUCUCGGAGGAGGACAUCCUAAAGUUCCUUUUUGACCUUAGGAGGCCAGAGAAAGCAAAGCACUUCACUGUGAUACCAGGCCAGAUUAAAGUCACCCUCAAAUCUCUAAAGCCUGAGGAUCAAAUUGAAAACUCUCUGACGCCGUCCCUGGUGCCCGUGGAGCCGUUCCCAAUCCCCCCGAAGAGGGAUCCCACCCUGGAGAUCCAGCAGUUCCCCACGGAGGUGGCGGCCGACAGCCACCCGUUCUGCUCCUACCUCAACCACUUGUACGUCUACCCAAGGAGCCUGAAGUAUGACAGCCAGAAGACCUUCGCCAAGGCUCGGAACAUUUCCUGUUGUGUGGAGCUACGUGACAGAGAUGAAGAUGGCACAAAGCCUCUCAGGUGCAUCUAUGGCCGCCCAGGGGAGUCACUUUAUGUGACCCAGUCCUUCACUGCUGUCACCCAUCACUGUGUCACUCCUGACUUCUAUGAAGAGGUGAAGAUAGGGCUUCCCCUGGACCUUCACGAUAAGCACCACCUGCUGUUCACCUUCUACCAUGUGAGCUGCGACAUGGUCAAGGCCACCAAGCGAAAGGACGGCCCUGUUGAGACUGUGGUCGGUUACUCCUGGCUCCCGCUGCUCAACAAGGGCAGGCUGAACAUUGAAGAGGGCAUCUUGCCCGUUGCAUCCAAUCUACCUGCUGGAUAUCUUUCGUUCAAGCCCCUUGGACUUGGGAAAGGGUUCUGUGGACCUGACGUCCGGAUGGUUGAGGGAGGCAGGGAGCUGUUCAAGGUCGGCUUCAAAUUGGUCUCCACCGUACAUACCAAGGACCAACACCUGCAGAACUUCUUCGUACACUGUCAGAAGCUGCUCGAGACUAAGAUCCUGGGUCCGGACACCGAGACAAGUACUCUCCUCAAGGAACAGGCAAUUGCCUCAGUUGGCUCUGAACCAGGACGGGAGAUCUCUAAGCUGGUCAAGGCCCUGCACGCGGUGGAAGGCAAUGCCAUGGUGCACUUCCUCCCGACGGUGCUGAACCAGCUGCUGAGGCUGAUCGUGAGCACGGGCAGCGAGGAGGUGGCCCUCAACACCGUGCGGGUGCUCAUCCACCUCGUGACGUGCGUGCACGAGGCCGGCAAAGAAGACGUCCUGCACAGCUACGUCCAGUUCAUGUUUGUGACGGAGCCCCCCGAGGGCUCUCAGCAGACGACGGUGCACGAAGAGCUGGCCAAGUCGCUGGCGGCUCUGCUCGGCCCAGACAAUGCGGACUUCCUGGUGGUGCACAAGUUCCUGCACCAGUCGUGGUUCUUCUUCCAGAUCCUGGCUAAGUCCAUGGCGCAGCACCUCAUGAACACAGACCGCAUCAAGAUGCAGCGUCAUGAGCGGUUCUCCCAGGAGUACCACAACCGUGUGCGUACCCUGGUGAACGCGGUCAUGCCCCACAUUUUGCACAAGUUCAAAGAUCUGCGCAACGAGACCAGACAGGCGAACCAAGGACUGGCACACUUCCUCAAGCGGUGUUUCUCACUAAUGGACAGAGGAUUCGUGUUCAAGCUGAUCAACUCCUACCUUGAGAAGUUCAAAUCUGGAGAUGAAAUGGAGCUGCACUGUUACAAGUUUGAGUUCCUGGAGAUUAUCUGCUCCCACGAGCACUUCAUUGCCCUCAACUUGCCCUCACUGAAGGGCACUUACAGCCGAGGCCACUCAAAGAACACCAAAGACGAAAGCGAGGAGGUUGCGUCGGGCGACUACGAGAUGGAGUAUCGUCUGUCGGAGGAGUUCUGCCGGAGCCACUUCCUGGUUGGAGCACUGCUGCUGGAACUGCGGGCGGCACUGAGUGAAGUCCAGAAGGUCCGCCAGAGGGCCAUCGGCGUUGUCUGCAACCUCCUGGCCAAGCACGCCUUCGACGACCGUUACCAAGGCCCAGCCCAACAAGCGCGCAUUGCCUCGCUCUACCUGCCACUGAUCUCCGUGCUGCUGAGCAACAUCAACCGGUUCAGCACGUCCGACCAGCAGGCGGCCCCGGCGUGCCACGCUGCGGGGGCGUCCUGCGCCACCUCUCCGUCGCGCAAGACGAGCAAGGCGGACAGCCUGAACCACAUGCCGGACGAGCCUGGCACGCCGCCCAGCGGCGUCUCGUAUCGCAACAGCAUCAUGGUGGACGGUCCCUCUUCCUUGCCGGGUUCCACGAGGCACAACAGAGACUCCAACUACCUCUCCAUCAUUGCGGGGCAAGUUCCGGUUCCCCACAUGGGAGUGACCUUUGCCAACGGCUCGUGCACGUCCCUGGAGAGCGAGUCGUCCACCCCCUCGAGCUCUUCUGCGAAGGACGUCGAGCCCGCCAUGAGGAAUGGCGAUGCGGGCGUCGACAAGUGCUUUACGCGGGAUGGCAGCCUCAUGAGCAAGGGUCACGUUAGGUCUCAGUCUCUGCCAUUUGCAAGCCACACCGGAGUUGUUCGGUACGACAAGUUUGAGCCUGCAGAAAUCAAGGACCUCUUAAUUUGUUUCCUCUACAUCAUCAAGCAAUUGAACGAAGAUCUGCUGAUCGGAUGGUGGCAGCAAUGCAGAGAGUGCGACUUACUAGACUUCUUUCAUCUCUUGGAGUUGUGUUUGCAUCAGUUCAGGUACAUGGGGAAGAAGCACAUUUUGAGAGGACGCAACCAGCAGGCUGCAAGCUCACAGGCCAAAGCCAUGACCCUGCCUGCAAGGACUGCUCCGCCGACCUUCACGCAGCGCUGCAACAGCACCUACAGCGAAAACGCUGCCAUGGAGAAUGGCGUGGAUGGGGUGGACGGAGACAGCUUCUACCGUGCCUUGCUGGAGGCCAACAUGGCCACGGAGGUGGGCCUCAUCGCGCUGGACGUGCUCGGCCUGUACUGCGGUCGCUUCAAGGACGCGCUGCUCUUCAACGACGGCGACAACCCCGUCAUGCGCCGCCUCUUUGACAUCUACCUCUCCUUCCUCGAGGUGGGCCAGUCCGAGAACCUCCUGCGCCACCUCUUCGCCGCCCUGCGGGCAUUCAUCAACAAGUUUCCCGUGGCCCUGUUUCAAGGAAACGCCUUCCUUUGUGGCAAGCUGUGUUUUGAGCUUCUUCGUUGCUGCAACUCGAAACUAUCAACUGUUCGGAGCGAGGCAUGCGCUCUGCUCUACCUGUUGAUGCGGAGCAACUUUGAGUUCACCGGACGGAAAGCACUGACAAGAGUGCACCUACAGUUGAUAGUUUCCGUGUCGAGAUUGCUCGGCGAAGUGAUCGGUUUGAACACGGCGAGGUUCCAAGAGAGUUUGUCGAUCAUCAACAACUAUGCGUCUGGUGACAAGGCGAUGCAGAGAUCAGAGUUCCCGAAGGAGGUGAAGGACCUGACCAAGAAGAUCCGUACGGUGCUGAUGGCCACCACGCAGAUGCGGGAGCACGAGAACGACCCCGAGAUGCUGGUGGAUCUUCAGCACAGCCUGGCCAACAGCUACUCGGCCACGCCGGCCCUGCGCAAGACCUGGCUCGAGAGCAUGGCCACCUACCACCUCAAGAACAGGGACUUCACUGAGGCGGCACAGUGCUACAUCCAUGUUGCUGCUCUUGAAGCCGAGUACCUCAAGCACAAAGGUGUGUUUGUGGAGGGCUGCAAGGCGUUCAAGAACAGCUCCCCGAACGUGGUGAGGGACGAGUCCAACCUGAAGGACGACACGGGCACCCACGACUUCCAGUACACCGAGGACACCCUCGUGGAACGGCUGGAGCAGUGUGCAGACACCCUCCACCAGGCGGAACGGUACGAGGCAAUGGCGGAGAUGUACCGGCUGAUUGUGCCCAUCUACGAGCGUCGGCGCAACUACGAGGCCCUGGCCAAGUGCUACAAGACCCUGCACCAGGCUUACAACAAGAUCCUGGAGGUGAACCGGACGGGCAAGCGCUUGCUCGGCAAGUACUACCGCGUCGCCUUCUUCGGACAGGCAUACUUUGGCGAGGAUUCUGGGAAGGAGUACAUCUACAAAGAGCCCAAAGUGACGUCACUGCCAGAGAUCUCUGAGCGCCUGCACCGCAUGUUCUGCGAGAAGUUUGGCAAGGAAUCGGUCAAGAUCAUCAUGGACUCAAACCAGGUGAACCCGGACGACCUGGACCCCAAGUACGCCUACGUCCAGGUGACGCACGUGGUGCCCUACUUCACGGAGAUGGAGUUUGUGCAGCGGCAGACGGAGUUUGAGCGCCACAACAACAUCAGCGAGUUCAUGUUUGAGACCCCCUUCACCCUGGACGGAACCAAGGCCAGGGGCUCGCCCGACGAGCAGUGCAAGCGACGCACCAUCCUCACCACGGAUUACAGCUUUCCCUACGUGAAGAAGAGGAUCCCAGUGAAGGAGCGGCGGACCAAAGACCUGAACCCCAUUGAAGUGGCCAUUGACGAGAUGCAGACCAGGGUUGCCGAGCUGGACGAGGUGGUCAAAUGGAAGCCCACCGACCUCAAGAAACUUCAACUCAAGCUCCAGGGCAGCAUCGGAGUUCAGGUUAAUGCUGGACCGCUAGCUUAUGCAAAUGCCUUUCUGGAAGAGAGCAAGUCGCACGCCUACCCAGAGGAAGAAGUCACCGAACUCAAGGAGACAUACAGGCAAUUUCUGCACAUCUGUGAGAAAGCCCUGGAGCUGAACGGGAAGCUGAUUCCGCCGGAACAGUGCGAGUACCACUUGGCCCUCAAAAAGAACUUGAUAGACCUGGCGUGCCAGCUGUCUGAAAUCACAAAGGAAAAGUUCAUUUCAGAGCCCAGAUCACACUCAUUGAAGAGGAUGUCCCUCGAAGUGUUCAACUUCCGAAGUGGAUCGCCGGGCUCUAGCAAUGUGUGACCCGCGCCCGUCCGUGCCCUUGUAACAUUUGUAUAGCGUGUACGAUUCGGUGUAGUCUUUACGGGCUUUUAAGGGGCUGUCCUAAAUCCCACAAGUGCGCCCUCAUUCGUUAGGCAGCACUUGUUAUUGACGUGGUGGGCUGUGGCUUGAUAGACUUCCGUGCCAAGAUAAUUUGUGGACUCAGUGGCUAUUGCUUGUUGAAAUCUUGACGAGAUGAGCAUGUUAGAUGUGCUUGUGUCUGUUGUUUGAGCCCGACAGGGUUGUAUACAGCGCAAGUGUGGCGUUAAAAACGGGUGUGUUCAUUGAAAGUGCCUUUGCUGGAAAGGAUAAUCUCUCACUUAAUUUGUUGGUUCAUUGAAACUCAGCAUUAACAAUACUCUUUUUUUUUCUGGAUUGUAUGGGUUAGACUUGACACAGGCAUAGCUUUGGGCUUGUUUUCAUUUUAAAGAUAACUUUUUUAAUGCAGCUUCACGCUGUUUAAUUUCUAAAAGCUUGAUUUAACGUGAGCUGUUACUAAGCUGCAGUUUUUUUUUGUUUUCUCUAAUGCGUGGUUACUCGUAUAAUCAACUGAAAGAUCUUUAGUAUUUGAACGAAGAUGUUGAGAAUGCCUUUACAUUGUUGAAUUAUCUAUUUGUGUCUCAAUCAAAGUAGUGGUUAGUAUGUUUUUUUUUUUUUCAUUUGCACUGUUUAAAAGGCAAAAAAAAAAUUAUAUAUAAUUUUAGUCUUAAUUUUCUCCAAACUUCAAAAUGUUUUGCCUCUGUACUGUCGCUAGUCAGUGGAUAGCAGUGUGACGACCUGUUCAGAAUCGUCUGUACAGUCUUUAACGAAUGCUGAGCUCAUGUGGUGCUGGAAGGCAGUUCAGCUGGCAUAUUUUUAUAUCUGCUCUGUCCUUAGCUGGAUGCCUAGUUUGCAGCAAGGUUUGAGCUUCACAGUAUUUAGCUAUUUAUUCUAGAGUUCUUACAAUCGGCACCCCCUCUAUAGUACCCUUUAGUAAGCUAGUAUUGUGGCAUUUUGGUAUGGUGCCAUGGCAAUGAUAUAGUUAGCAUUUUGUACAUUUUUGUAUAUUUCCUAAAGAAUUCUCAUAGUCCAAAAGUUCACCUUUGGUAGUGAGCGAGCCAUACGAUUCUUUAGAGAGAGAUAAUGCCAGUCCUCUAGGCUGACCAUAGAUCGUAGCAUUAAGUUGAAUGCUUUUAUUCUUAAUCAUUCUUCCGCCCUGUUUUACCACAAUCAUUGUAAAAAUACAUUAAAAAAGGAAUUCUGUUUUUGUCUCA